CCAACCAUCUUCUUCUCCUAGUUUCUUCAUCUUCACAAUCUUAACUCUUGUACAUAUAUCUUAAGAGCUUCCGUGGACAAAAAAAAUUAUAUAUGUAAAAAAAUGCUGGGAAAAAGAAUAGCUUCUUUCAAGAAUCUAGCCAAGAAAGUGAAGAGCAUUAACACGAGAGAAGGCGGCUCCGAGUCAACUCAGAGCAUGUCUCUUCUGAUGGGUGAGGCGGAGGACACGUCUCCGGCGGCAACAAAGACGCCUACGGGAACGUUUGCGGUGUACGUAGGGGAAGAGCGCGUGAGGCGGGUAGUGCCGACGAGCUAUUUGAAGCAUCCUCUCUUCAGGAUGCUCCUCGACAAGUCACAUGACGAGUUACACUGUCUCCAGCAGAAGGUUAUGUUGGUUAUCCCUUGUAGCCUCUCUGUCUUUCAAGAUGUCGUUAACGCCAUCGAGUCUUGUCACGGCAACUUCGAUUUCGGAGAUUUUGUGGAGGAGUUUCUUUGAUUUUAAUUAAUCCAAAGAACAUUUCCAAGACGUCGUUAACGUUCUUGUUGAUCAUUUUGUUUUCGUUUUGAUAUAAAAAAUAGAUUAUUGCUUAGGUCUUUUUAGGAAAAUAUAUAAUCGUUUAUAGGACUGAUAGUGAAAUUUGUGAUUGUAUACAUUAAUCCAACACCCCUUUCGUUGCGUGGUGUGGAUUUAUUUUUUAUCGUGGAUAUAAUUGUAUUUAUAUAUCAA